CACCAACCGGAGUGGAUCCCAGUGUAGUGCAAAUUAUUCGGGCUUACUCCGAAACACUCGGAAAACAUUGAUUGAUCGGGCAUCGAGUGAUUGAUCGGGUGUUGGAAUUGAAUCCCCAUCUAGUGAGGGGGGAUAGCAGAAAAACAACCUAUUAGCGAUGCCCGCGGCCAUUGUGCGACGAUUCGAGCCAAAUCAGUCCAAAAUCAAUUACCGUUGGGUGAUGAAUACGCGUGCUUGCUAAUUAAUCUUCUGUGGUGUGAAAAUCCUCUCCGCAAGCUGGAUUAAAACGGUCAGGUACACCAUUAACUUCCUUUAAGACGCUGGGGACGCGCACUUCCAAGCAACGGACCCGACGAACUUCAAACUCAAAAAGUUUCUCGCGGCAUUCUGGGCCAUCAGCCGACAGCAAUGAUUAUCCGGUGGGCACUGUUGCUAUUGGCAGCGGCGUCGGUUCAGGGGGCUCCCAGAACUGGCAACUUCCAGCUAAUCAUCCUCCACAAUAACGAUAUGCACGCGCGAUUCGAGCAAACGGGCGCUUACGGGAACGAAUGCCAGCCGGCGGAUGUGGCCAGCAAUCGAUGCUACGGAGGAUUUGCGCGGGUGGCACACAAAGUCCGGGAAUACCGAUCACAGGAAGCCGCCGGUGGGCUCCCAGUCCUCUACCUGAACGCCGGAGACACUUACACCGGUACGCCAUGGUUCGCCGUGUAUAAGGAUAACAUUACCGCUUCAUUCCUGAACAUUCUGAAACCAGAUGCCAUUUCUCUCGGCAAUCAUGAGUUCGACAACGGGGUUGAAGGAAUCGUCCCGUUCCUGAAUGAAGUGGAAUUCCCGGUGCUGACGGCCAACCUGGAUCUUUCGCAAACGCCAUCGAUGCAGCAGGCAAAAUCGCUGUUCCCAUCCACGGUGUUCGUCAAGGACGGAGUCAAAAUUGGAGUCAUCGGUUAUCUGACGCCGGAGACCAAGCAGCUCACCGCGACCAAUACGGUGGACUUCAUCGACGAGAUCGUUGCCAUCAACAAAGAAGCGGAAGUCCUCAAAGCCCAAGGAGUAAAAAUCCUGAUCGCAUUAGGUCACAGUGGUUUGGAGCGGGAUCGAGAAAUUGCUGCCAGUUGUCCGGAUAUCGACAUCGUCAUUGGAGGACAUUCGCACACGUUCCUCUACUCAGGAACAGUCCCUGACAUUGAUCCAUCGGAAGGUCCUUACCCGGUUAUGGUGAAGAACAGCGAAGGUCGAGAUGUUCCGGUCGUUCAAGCUUAUGCCUACACCAAAUACCUGGGCUACAUGAAGGUUGAGUUCGAUGCCGACGGAAAGCUGGUGUCGUUCGAUGGCAAACCAAUUCUGCUGAAUGGAGCCGUGGAUCGGGACUCGGAUGUUCUGCAGCUGCUGGAAGUGUAUCGUCCGGGAAUUCUGGCACUGGAUGAGGUUAUUGGACAGACAAGGGUGCUCCUGGAUGCAACCAGAUGUCGAUUCGAGGAGUGCAACAUUGGAAAUAUGAUUGCGGACUCCAUGGUGAUGACCUACACCAUGUCCCGUGAUGAAUCCAGUCAAUACUGGACGGAUGCUGCAAUUGCCUUUGUCCAGGGUGGAGGUAUACGGGCUUCGAUUGAGGUUGGACAAGAUGGCAACAUCACCAAGAAGGAUUUGAAAACGGUUCUGCCUUUUGGAAAUGCAAUCAUUUUGGCUGAGGUCACCGGAGAGACGAUUAGAAAAAUGUUGGAGCGAAGUGUCUACAGGUAUGAUGGAAAGAAUGGCCACGGAGAAUUCUUGCAGAUGGCAGGAGUUCACGUAGUCUACGACUUGAGCAAACCACCAGGACAACGUGUUUCUUCGGUAGAGGUACGGUGCGCUCGGUGCACGACUCCUUCCUUCUCUCCUCUCUACGACUACGACCGGUACAAGAUCAUCAUCAGUCAGUUCCUGUGGGAAGGUGGCGAUGGAUACGACAUGUUCAGCGGCCGUAACUUCCAGGUCCUGGAAUGGGGAGAGUACGAGAUGACUGAAGAAUAUCUGAAGAGCUUCUCGCCCAUCUAUCCGGCCAUCGAGUGGCGAAUCGUUAUGAACGGGGAAGUCGAUCUGGAACAUAUGACUACGGUGACGGAAACACCCACAACAACGGUGGCCGGAAGUACUACCGAGAAUGACGAUGGUGCGGCCGGAGGUCUUAAGGCGACGACGAUUACCGUCGUGGCACUAGCAUUUGUUUGUAUGUUACAAAGAGUUUUUAUGUGAUAGGGGAUAGUGGGGCGUAAAAUGUUUUAACUCAGGUUAAAAAUAGUUGCACUUGCUGUGAAAAGUAUUCCUAUAGGACUAAGUACAAAUGUGACACAAUGUGCUGCAAGUUUUAA